UUUAUCGUUGUUGCGGCUUUUGUUAGCUUUUGAUAGAUUAGGCCUUUCUCAUUGUCUUGUGCUUUGCUGUUUUAUUGAGUCGUAAUUCUGUUUGAGUUUGUGCAGUGUGACUUUCUAACGCUUGUCACGAACCUUUGCUCGCCUUCCCAUGCCGCCAACUUACCAUCGUGUCCCUAUAAUUUGGUGCCACGUGGAUUAUUCAAACAGUUACACUUACCUCCAAAACCUUGUACUGAAAGUAGAAAGCCAAAAACAAUCAAUUGCUGCUUUUUCUCCCCAUGAAAAAAGCCCUUUAUUAACCCCUCAUCUCUCCAUUCCCUUCCUCUCCUCACCACACCACACCACAUCUCAUCUCCCUUCCUCUCUCCUCAAAUGUCUAAAAUAACAGAGAUAUCACCCAAAGACUGCGCCACCAAGAAACGAACCACCACCAUCCCAAUCCCAAAACUCAACAAGAAGCUCUACCUAUACCUCUCCACACUCCUCCUCUCUCUCCUCUCCCUCCUCCUCCUCAUCUACCUCACCCUCCACCCUUCAAAGCCCCACUUCUCCCUCCAACAAGCCGAGGUCGACCAGCUCAACCUCUCUGGCCCAUCCUCCCUCCUCAACUCCUCCAUCCAGAUCACCCUCCAGUCCGACAACCCCAACACCAAGCUCGGGAUCUACUACGACGAGUUCAUCCUCUACGCCUCCUACAAAGGCCAGAGAAUCACUCCCGAAGCCGCCAUCUCCCCCUUCUACCAGGGCCAAGGGGAGACCAACCUCCUCAGUGCGUCGCUGGUCGGGUUCCAGCUCCCCGUGGCCCCAUCCUUCGCCUAUGAGGUGCAGAGCGAUCAGGGGGCCGGGAGGCUGGUGUUGAGCUUCAAGGGGAUGGGGCGGCUGAGGUGGAGAGUUGGGAGCUGGGUUUCGGGGAGGUAUCGGUUCGUUGUCAGCUGCGUUGCUGUUAUGCCGCUUGGGCCGGCUGUGCCUUCGCCCCCUCUGCGUUCGAGGUCGAGCUCGGAGUGUUCUACUGUAAUGUGAUAAGUGUAAUUAUGUAAUAUGAUUAUGGUUUUCUUGAUUGCUUGAGUGUUGAAAUGUUAUUGUUGAUGAUGUAAAGUAGCUUUGUGUGAUAUGGAAGAAAGAAGAAGUGGGAUUUUGUGGAGUC